UAUAUAUAAUCAUAGAGAUAAAAUCGUGACCUUUGUGAUCUUCGAUCAAGAAUACAUCUAUAAACGAUUAUAAUGAUGAUGAUGAUAGACAGGAAGACAACACUAAGGGAGAUCUAAUAUGCUGUAUAAGGUUUAUUGUUGCAUAAGUGUCACGAGGCAAACCGGAGCGCAUGCUUCGUCGUAGCCUAAAACUGUGCGUGAGCCAAGAGUAUAACAGGCAGAUUCGCACAACGGCGCAAUUUGUGUUUAGAGGAGAUUCAUUACCAGCUUCAUCUAAACUUUCACAUACGGUUCGAUUUUUAGUGUUGAGAUCGAACAUUUUUUGUUUUUAUACUCCUUUCUUCUUUUUCUUUCUACUAUCAAUCUACUUGUUUAUUUUACAUCCUCUACAAUUUCUCGCACAAAAUGGACAAGCAGGAGUUCAAAUUGGAAAUGCUUGUUGGGAGCUUUAUUGUUUAGAACAUGGUAUACAACCAGACGGGCAAAUGCCAUCUGAUAAAAUGCUCGGCGGAGGAGACGAUAGCUUUAAUACGUUUUUCAGUGAAACUGGGUCGGGUAAACAUGUGCCCAGAGCAGUGUUCGUUGACCUUGAACCUACCGUUGUCGAUGAAGUACGAACAGGAACGUAUCGACAACUUUUUCACCCGGAACAAUUGAUAACGGGUAAAGAAGAUGCCGCAAAUAAUUACGCUCGUGGCCACUACACUGUCGGCAAAGAGAUCGUCGAUGUUGUUCUAGAUCGUGUGAGAAAAUUAGUGGAUCAAUGUACUGGACUCCAAGGCUUUCUUAUAUUUCAUUCGUUCGGUGGUGGGACCGGCUCUGGUUUCACCUCUCUCUUGAUGGAACGACUUUCGGUAGACUACGGGAAGAAGUCUAAAUUGGAAUUCGCCAUUUAUCCGGCACCGCAAGUUUCUACAGCCGUAGUAGAACCGUACAAUUCGAUCUUGACUACUCAUACCACGCUCGAACACUCCGAUUGCGCUUUUAUGGUUGACAACGAGGCCAUUUACGAUAUUUGCCGUCGUAACUUGGACAUCGAGAGACCUACAUAUACCAACUUAAAUCGCUUGAUCGGUCAGAUCGUUUCUUCGAUCACCGCCUCAUUACGAUUCGAUGGUGCCCUAAAUGUCGACCUAACUGAAUUUCAAACAAAUUUGGUACCAUAUCCAAGAAUUCAUUUUCCACUCGUAACUUAUGCACCAGUAAUAUCAGCAGAAAAGGCAUAUCAUGAGCAACUUAGCGUAUCAGAAAUUACGAACGCCUGUUUCGAGCCAUCCAAUCAAAUGGUAAAAUGUGAUCCUCGAAAUGGCAAAUAUAUGGCUUGUUGUAUGCUCUAUAGAGGCGAUGUCGUGCCCAAGGAUGUUAAUGCAGCUAUCGCUGCUAUAAAGACAAAACGUAGUAUACAGUUCGUUGAUUGGUGCCCUACAGGCUUUAAAGUAGGGAUUAACUAUCAGCCUCCCACUGUUGUACCCGGCGGCGAUUUGGCCAAGGUGCAACGUGCAGUAUGCAUGUUAUCUAAUACAACAGCUAUUGCCGAGGCAUGGGCACGACUUGACCACAAAUUUGAUCUGAUGUAUGCGAAAAGAGCAUUCGUUCAUUGGUACGUCGGUGAAGGUAUGGAGGAGGGUGAAUUUUCAGAAGCACGCGAGGAUUUGGCUGCUUUAGAAAAAGAUUAUGAAGAGGUUGGUAUGGAUACAGUUGAUGAUAAUCCAGAAGGCAACGAUGAAUAUUAAGUAUAUAUAAUCGUUGUUAACCGUAUUACGUGUAGUAUUCUGCUAUAUUUGACAAAGAAUAUUUUGUUAUUGUUAUAUGUAAACGUUUCAUGAUAUUUUAUAUAAUCUUCAAAAUUUAUUUUCUAUCGUUCUCGAGUAACUGUAAUAUUUCAUUUACAUUUCCUUUCUUUCUUUUUUGGUCAUACAAGAUAUUAGUGUAAUUAACAAUUGUUUAGCGAUUUUCAAUUUAUUAUUUAACAAGCGCAUUUAGGAGCUAUCGAAAGGUUUUUAUAGAAGAUUUUCAUUAUUAUGUAUGCGUAAUGGAGAACGUCAUGCACGGCCGAUCAAUAUGUGUGUAGUGUGUAUACCUCGGUGAGUUCAGGUACACGCCCAUAUUUUCCUAUUUUCUCGUAUGCUUCUUACCAUGUUUUAAGCAAACGCGCAUAUUUUUCUGUACUUUUGUUAACUGACGAUAAAUGUCUUCAUAAAUACAAAAUAUGAAACGUUAGGAAAUAUAAUCAGUAUCAUUAUAAGACCAAAGUUCUGUCGAAAAUGUGUAUGAGUCAUAUGCCUUAAAAUACGUACUCAAAAAAGACUGCAAGAGAAAGAAAAAAAAAGACGUAUACGUGUGGGAUCUUGUCCCUUUUUAUUUAAUAAAUAUCGUAUGUUAUAUAUAUAAUUAACGAGCUGGCAUGUCCGUUGAAUGCAUCUACUAUCUCUUUGGAAAAAUCAAUACUGAGAGUUCGUGUACGACUUCCCAUUAGACGAAAUGUUGAAUGUAUGUGUAUGCGACACAAGCAUAUAUCACACGCCGUUGCUUCGUUCGCUCAACGUACAUACAUUCCAAAUAUGGCGAAAAUCGUUUUCAGAGUGCAUAUAAUUUAUUGCCAUUGAUAAUAAAUACGAAAUCACUGCUUUUAGAGAGAUAUUAGAUAAUUAGAUUGACAAUGAAUUAUCUUAUUACAUAGUUUAUUAAUUAGACAAUUUUAUAUAAUUACAAUAAAUAGACAUUUAUCGACUAUA